GCUGUUUACUGAUGGUUUUACCAUGCAGAGUUCCUCCUGCAACCCGAUUUAAAGAAAGUACAGAAGUCAAAUCUGAAUCCUGGGAGAGUAAUUUAUAAAUGAAAUUAGAUUUAUGGAGGAAGAGUUUUAUAGCGCGCAUGUUUUAAUGGUAAAUAUGAAGCUACGGUAGGACAGUUAGCUUAGCACAAAUGCAGGAAACAGACUUCUAUACAACCAGAAGAGUCGCCCCCUGGUGGUCAGGAGAGAGAAUGCAGCUUUAACACAUGAAGCAUAGACUUCUAUGCAACCAGAAGAGUCGCCCCCUGGUGGUCAGGAGAGAAUGCAGCUUUAACAUAUGAAGCAUAUACUUCUAUACAACCAGAGGAGUCGCCCCCUGGUGGUCAGGAGAGAGAAUGCAGCUUUAACACAUGAAGCAUAGACUUCUAUACAACCAGAGGAGUCGCCCCUGGUGGUCAGGAGAGAGAAUGCAGCUUUAACACAUGAAGCAUAUACUUCUAUACAACCAGAGGAGUCGCCCCCUGGUGGUCAGGAGAGGUUUCAGCUACUCACAUCAUUGGAGUCUUCUAACAGCUGUUUUCUUUAUAGCUGUGAGUCAGAACAAUAUGCAAAUAAACAUAUACAUGUUUUGGUUCACAUUUAUCAUUUUGGGGUGAGUCUUGAAAAGAGGCCUGAAGUGAGUGAAGUGAGUGAAGUGAAGUCCAGUGAAGUGACUCAGCGCUGAUGACUGAAGGACUUUCAUUGGGAAGGAAACAGCAACACUGAUCUGGUUUUUGUUUAUUUUUUAAUCUUCUCAGGGUGACUGGUUCUGGAGACGGCGGUGAAGAGGCCUCAACGUCUUCCUCCAUCUCCCUUCAUCGACAUGCAGCUCAUCCACUCAAUCACACAUCAGGGGGAUCUUCUGCAUGUACAAGACAUUUUGUCCCUGCAGCUCUUCAUUUUAAUGCAAAUGGCUGAAAACAAAAGCAGCAUGGGUGCUGCUCGGGCCCCGGAGGCCCCUUCAAUGGAUGCGUGUUCCUCUCGUCGCCGACCCGCCCGUGCUGACGGGAGUCGCCCUGAAGUGACGCCCGGUGGGAGCUCUCCGGCUGGCUCCUGGAGCCGGUGUACACGGCGGCAUGUGGCUGGGAUUAGGACAUUUCACUGUGGAUUAAAAUCGUUGCAACGAGUCCGGAUGCAAGGAGCACUCUGGGCCCAUGGUCUCCCCAAGCAGCUCCAGGAUGUUCCAGGUGCUCCAGGGUCACAUCCAGCCGGCUGGACACCGAAGCCGCAAAACCCGCCUGGUCAGCAAAGACGGCCGUUGCAACAUCGAGUUCGGCAACAUUGAAUACAGCAACCACGUGGCGUACCUCGUGGACUUCUGGACCACGUUCGUGGAGAUCCGCUGGCGCUUCGUCCUCCUCCUGUUCGUGGCGUCGUUCACGGGCAGCUGGUUCCUCUUCAGCCUGCUGUGGUACUGGAUCGCCAAGAGCAACGGGGAUCUGACGGGGCAGGACCGCGCCGCCGGACACGUCCGGUGCGUGGACAACGUGGACGGCCUCACCACGGCGUUCCUCUACUCCCUGGAGACCCAGACCACCAUCGGGUACGGCGGCCGGGCGCCGACGGGCCACUGCGCCGGCACCGUGGCUCUCCUCGUCGUCCAAUCGCUGAUCGGCGUCUUCAUCAACUGCUUCAUGUGCGGCGUCAUCCUGGCCAAGAUCUCCUUGCCCAAAAAUAGGGCGAAGACGGUGACCUUCAGCGACACGGCCGUCGUCUGCCUGAAGAAAGGACGUCUGUGUCUCCUGAUCCGAGUGGCGAACCUUCGGAAGACCUUGUUGAUCGGCAGCCAGAUCUACGGCAAGCUGCUGAGGACGACCACCACGCCGGACGGAGACACCGUCAUUCUGGACCAGGUGGACAUCGACUUCAUGGUCGACGCCGGAAAGGACAACUUGUUCUUUGUUUGCCCGAUGACCCUCUACCACGUGAUCGACCGGUCGAGUCCCUUCUACGAGCUGUCGGCGGACUCCCUUCCCCACCAGGACUUUGAGUUGGUGGUGUUUUUGGACGGCACGGCCGAGUCCACCAGCUCUUGCUGUCAGGUCCGGACCUCCUACGUCCCUCAGGAGAUCCAGUGGGGGUUCAGUUUCCUGCCCAUCAUCUCCCGCACCAAGACGGGGAAGUACCGCGUGGACUUCUCCAACUUUUCUAGAAGCGUCCGGGUCACCGCGCCACACUGCGCCCGAUGCUUCGAGACGGACGCCGACCAGAGAAACCACGACGGCCUCGACGGCGAGAACCACGACCAGCAGCAGAAGUCUGGGAUCGACAACUUUGGGUUUCAGGUGAUCGACAUUCACGACUGCAUGGACAUCACCAAGGUGUGAGACAGGUGGGAAGGACACUGUGAAGAUCCAUUUCCUGCUUCCCUCUCUGAGCCUCACUGUUCAGGCUCUCUAGACGACGGACAUCGGCUCCUCCAGUCAGUUUUUCAGAUAUUCGUCAGCACUUUUAUUUGUAUUUGCCUGUAAUAGCAGAAACAGUCAAAGUGUGGAUGAAAGUUAAGCUCUUUGGACUCUUCUAGGUAAUGUGUGGAAGAGAAGGGGGGGGGGGGGAGUUACUGGAGUUUUGUCAUUAGUCAAACUAAAACGCUCUGUACGAGGGAACUGAACCCAGCUGCUAAAUAAAUGAGAUUAUUUCAAUUGUGA